UAUGUUUUAGUGUGUCAUCAGUUUGGCAUUAUAACUGUGUUUAAAUUCAGUGUCUAAGUGGUGUCCUAAUUAAUAUCAAGUGUUAAAAUGGCACAAAGGAAGUCAUUUAUGUUUUACUUUGCUGUUAUUUUAGUCGUGUUGAGUACGCUGACUCAAGAAUGCGAAGCCAGACGAAAGAUUCUCCGAGGACGACGUGUGAUGACGCGAACUUAUUACCAUGGUAACGCCGUUCCUGCUUGGGCCAUAAGUUUGAUGGCUGGCAUAGGGAUGCUGCUCGUAGGUGGAGUGCUAUACGUCAUUAUGAGGAAAAUUGUUUUGUCUUCAGAGACGGGCUCUUUGAAUACUUACCAACCAACUUUGCAGCAAGAUGUCUAAUUGAUAUUUCAUUUAUUUUUUAUAAGAUAAUACAUUCUCACGUAUUUGCCACCUAUAUGUAAUCAUAAUUUCCAUUGUUUUGGAAGAAAGGAGAAAAUAAACUAUGAAUGAUUACAAAAGAGAUAAAUGUAUGAUGUAUAUUUAAGAGAUUUUUUACAAUAUAAUGAUUACUGUACCACCUUAUGUUAUGUCUUAGUCAAGUUUAGUCGGUAUGUGUUGUUCAAAUGAUUUUGAUUUAAAUAAAAAUUGUUUAAGAUAUAA